UUGUAUUUUUAUAGUUAUGACUAAUAUAUUGUUUUUACCCUAUUGUUUUUCAAAUCCUAGAAAAUAUUACAAGAGGUCCAUGCACGGAAUGCCUAAGUGGGAGCGCCGGGCUUAAUUGCUCUGGAUGAGUAAAAUAGGCUGGAGUCUGGACCUUACUUAAAGGCCCAUUCGCUUUUCGGGCCAAAAUCGUCUCGCUCAGAGCAGCCACCUCACCGACGGCUCCCGGCGGUCAUUCCAACUCCGCCGGUCUCCGCUUCUCCCUUCCCAACCCCUGAUUUUGCCCCUGCUUCUUUUUGCGUUUUCUCCCUUGAUUUCCUUCAGGAGAUCAUAAUUGAUGCUUUCAUUUCUUCGAAGAUCGUAUUUGAAUUUCUCCUUUAUGAAUCCACAUUACUGCUGCUUGUCGAGAAACUUCUCCGCCGCGUUACCCCCCUUGCUCCCCGUCCAGCUCCCUUCUCGAAUGGAAACGCACUUGUGGUAUGUAGUUCCUGAUGAAGUGAAGAGUGCGCCUCUUCUGAGCAAAUACAUGGAGCUUUUGCCCCAGUACGAGAGAGAUCAUGUUCUCGGCUUCCGCGGAGAUCAGCUUCAGAAGAGCGCUUUGCUUGCUCGCACUUUGGUUCGCACAACCAUUGCAAGAUAUCAGGUAGAUGAUCAUCUUGAUCCGAGAUCGUUGAGGUUCAAGAGGAAUAUCCAUGGGAAACCUGAGGUGGAGUGGGAAACUAAGGAUGGUUUCUGCCCGCCGCCAUUGCAGUUCAACAUCUCACACACUUCUUCUUUAGUAGCUUGUGGAGUGACUAUGAAUUCGUUGAUUGGCAUCGAUGUUGAAGAGAAGCGACGGAGGACCAAGAAUAACAUCCUAGCUUUUGCAAAGCGGUAUUUCACUGCUCAUGAGGUUGAACACUUGAAUGCCAUUCCAGAUUCUGAACUCCAGCAACAGGAGUUCAUCAAAUUAUGGACCCUUAAGGAGGCAUAUGUCAAAGCCUUGGGAAAAGGAUUCUCUUCUUCACCCUUCAACACAUUCACUAUUCGGGCCUCUUCUGGAAUAGCUGUGGAAACUUUGGAUAGCCCUCAGAAUCUCACAAACAACUGGCAGUUCGCAUUGUUGGAGCUGAUGGGCUCUCAUUAUGUUGCUAUUUGCUUAGAAAGACAAGAAACUGGUGGAGCUGGAAAAGCUCUUCCGAUUAAAUUAACUGCGAGGAAAACCAUACCAUUCGUUGAAGACGAGCUUGUUUCUGGAACUAAUGCAGUUGUAACCAUUGGAGGUUCUGUAACACAGUUCUGAUCUAUAUGAUAUCAUAAAUG